AUGGUUAUUUUUGAAAAACAAUCAGCAAAAGGCUGUUUAGGCCAAAUGAAUAUAGCAUUGUUUUUAAAAAAACAUUAUUUGGAUUU